AUGUCUGACGGAUACAAUGAAGCACGUGCUCUACGAGUAUCUGAACUCAUCAAUGACUUCCGAACACUGCUUGUCCAUAUCUCCCAGCUGAAGCUAGACGCUACAGAAAUGGCAGAGGUGGCUCAAGGUUACAUUCUGAUGAGACAAUGCGUUGCCGAAGCUCAGGAGCUGUUGGCAUCGCAGUUUGACAUCCAGUCUAUACAAAACUUGCAAGGUGACGGCGAAUUUGAGAAGGUCCAGUUGCAGAGGUAA